UGAUAUGGCUGACGAAAUAAUAAACCUAAAUGUUGGGGGAUGCAUCUAUGCAACAAGUCGCUCUACGUUAACGCGUUAUCCGGAUUCAAUGCUAGGAUCGAUGUUCAGCGGCCGCUUGCCAACUAAGGUAGAUCAUCGCAAUCGCUACAUCAUUGACGGAGACGGUCCAACAUUUCGACACAUUCUGAAUUUCCUCCGUCGAUCAAUGCUUAUCCUUCCACAUGGUUUUCAAGAGUGGAGUAUUCUAUCGGCUGAGGCACACUAUUAUCAGUUAAAAGAGCUCAUUAUACUUGUCAACACCGAAUGGCCUACACAGGAUGAGAAUGCAUCAACACAAUCAACUGCUUCAGAUUCAUACGAAUUCCGCCGGGAAUUCUUAGAAUUAGAAUGGUGUAAGCAUACAUUCGGUUUUCGGAUAUCUGCCAAAAUUAGUGUAUUUAGUCUAUUACAAUUAAGUACCGGGUAUUUCAGGUACAGUGAAGAAAACGACACAUAUACCCCAGCUGACUGGCUGUACGAUGAUCCAGAUAUAGUUUCAGAGGUCUCUCUUGAUGCAUCUACAUACUACGUAUUUUCAUUAUCGUCUGUUGAUCGACUGUCUUUGUUCGAGAAAAUUUCCGAACGUGGUUUCACCUUGUUCUCUUCAUCCUCAGGAAUUGAUGAAAAUUACACGACAUUUCAUCGCUGCUUGGUAAAUUACUGUACACUUCCAUCUAAUACGGGAUUCAAUAUUAUGGCUUUGCCUGCAGCUGAAGUUGCCGACGAGGUAUUGAACCUGAAUGUCGGGGGAUGCAUCUAUACAACAAGUCGCUCAACGUUAGCACGUUAUCCGGAUUCAAUGCUAGGGUCAAUGUUCAACGGCAGUUUGCCAUCUGCCGUCGAUGAUUGCCAUCGCUACAUCAUUGACGGAGACGGUCCAACAUUUCGACACAUUCUGAAUUUCCUCCGUCGAUCAAACCUUAUUCUUCCUGACGGUUUCCAAGAGUUGGAUAUUCUAUCGGCUGAGGCAGACUACUACCAAAUACAAGAACUCAUUCAACUAGUAAAUACACAUGGCGGAUUUAUGGCAAACCAAAAAUAA